AUGGCAGAGGCAAAGGCAGAGGUGGUGGUAGUGGGCUCGUCCAACACAGACUUGAUUGCAUAUAUGGAUCGUAUGCCUCGUCCCGGUGAGACCCUGCAUGGAACCGACUUUAAGCAGGGUUUUGGUGGGAAGGGGGCCAACCAGUGCGUCAUGAGCGCCAAACUGGGCGCCCAAACGGCUAUGGUGUCCCGGGUGGGCAGUGAUGUCUUUGGCAAGGAGACAAUCGAGAACUACCAGCGUCAGGGCGUGGACGUACAAUUUGUCUCCGUCUCCGAGACGGCCUCGACCGGGGUGGCCCCGAUCAUGGUGGACAGCAAAGGCCAAAAUAGCAUCAUCAUUGUACCUGGUGCCAACAAUGAACUAACGCCUGCCAUGGUGGACGAUGCGCGGGCCCUCAUCCAGUCAGCCAAGGUCUUGCUGGUCCAGAACGAGAUUCCUCUCGAGUCUUCGCUGGCGGCGUUGCGGAUUGCACGCGAGGCUGGCGUGACAAGCAUUUUCAACAUUGCACCGGGCAUUGAGCGUCCCAGCACGGAUUGCAUUGUCUUGCCCUCCAUUGUUUGUCUCAAUGAGACCGAAACGACUUUAGCAACGGGCAUGGAAGUCAACACGCUUGAGGAAGCCAAGCAAGCAUCACAGCAUCUUCUGAACACGGGUGCGGAAGGGGUUUUGUUGACGCUGGGCUCCCAGGGGUGCCUGUACAUGACAAAGGACACGUGUGUACAAGAGCCGGCCAUGACCGUGGAGGCCAUCGACACCUCCGGGGCGGGUGACUGUUUUAUAGGCACGCUGGCCUGCAGCAUGGCGCAAGAGCCAGCGGCCGACAUGGCCACCCACCUCAAGCGAGCCACUCGCGUCGCCGCCCUAUCUGUCCAGGCGCAUGGUACACAAACUAGCUACCCACGACGCGCCGACCUACCAAGCGACACCUGGUAG